AUGAGAGGACCGAAGAAAUCUUGGCUCGGCCCAGCCCGUCCGACUAAGCCUAAGAACGCCUGCUCGCUUUUCAAAGGAUGCAGCUUCAAGCUUCUGUGCGCUGCAUUCUCUUUUGGGCUAUUGGGGAUGUCGAGAGGACUCGACGAGGGCCUUAUAUCGACCACAGUUGCUCAAAACUCCUUCAUCAAAGAAUUCGAAAUUCGAGCAAGCUAUCUCGACUCUUCGCAGCAGGCCAAUCGACUGUCCAAUAUCACAUCGAUGGUUCAUAUCGGCAGUAUCCCGGGAGCAUUGAUCGCUUUUAUCUUAUGCGAAAGGAUCGGUCUGUUAUGGUCCAUGAGACAACUUUGCCUGCUCUGGUUAACAGGUGUUAUCAUUGUGAUCACUUCCACUGGGAACUUGGGGCAACUGUACGCAGGUCGAUUCAUAAUGGGGCUUGGGAUAGGACAGGCCGGCGUUGUGGCACCGACUUAUCUGGCAGAGAUUGCACCUGCUUAUGCUCGGGGAAUGCUGGUCAGCAUUUUUGCUAUGUCGGAGUAUAUUGGCAUCAUGGUUGGGUAUUUCUCCGCUUGGGGUGCUUCGUUGCAUAUAUCAAGCAGCAGCGCCAGACAGUGGAUCAUUCCUCAAAGCACGCAAAUAAUUGUUGCGGGGACUCUAUUUCUGUCAUCCUUUCUAUGCGAAGAGAGCCCCCGGUAUCUGGGAAAAAUAGGAGACUGGAAUGCAGCGAAACAUACACUGGGAAGUUUGUGGGGUCUGUCUGAGCAACACCCUGAUGUAGUGUCAGAGAUCCAAGGGAUUCAAGCUCAGUUAGUCACAGACUACGAUUGGAGCAUGAGUGAAUCUUGGUUCAAAAGCGUAAAGGAAUUAUUGACGGUUAAGUCAAACCAAAAAAGAUUGAUUUUCGUGAUCUCUGCGCAAGUCCUUGCCCAAUGGUCUGGGGCAAAUUCUCUCACCACAUAUGCACCUGAAUUAUUCUCGCUCUUUGGGAUAGGUGGACAAUCCGAGAAACUGUUCGUGACUGCAAUUUUCGGCGCAAUGAAGUUCAUAGCGUCUCUUCUGUGUGCCAUUCUUUUGAUCGAUCGCAUCGGGCGCAAACGAUCUUUGAUAGCAGGAAUUGUAGUGCAGCAGUUUGCAAUGUUUUAUAUUGCAAUCUUCCUCACGGUGGAGCCAUCCUCCAACGGCGAUUCAGGAUCCACGAAAAAAGCAGCGAUUGCAGCGAUCGUUUUUAUUUACUUUGUUGGAAUUGGUUGGGCGAUGGGAUGGAAUUCCAUCCAGUAUCUCAUCAACACGGAAAUAUUCCCGUUGCGGGUUCGGUCGACAGGAUCCAGUCUUUUGAUGACUUUUCACUAUGCCAAUCGGUAUGGUCUAUCGAAGGCUGUUCCAUCGAUGUUACUUGAAGAUGCUCUCCAGCCAAUGGGGACAUUCUGGUUCUUUGCUGUGAUGACUUUCUUUGGAAUGUUGUGGACAUGGAUCUUACUCCCUGAAACUGCUGGCCAGAGUUUGGAGGAGACAAAUGCUCUUUUUUCUUGA